AUGAAAAACAGGCUCUCACAGCGGCAGCAGCGCAUCUUGGCGUUUAUCCAGAAGUUCAUGGACGAGCAUCAGUACCCGCCAACGGUGCGUGACAUCCAGAAUGGCUGUGAGGUCAGCUCGACCUCAGUUGUCGACUACAACCUGCGCAAGCUCCAGGAAAUGGGGUAUCUGACGCGGGAGCCUGAGAUCCCAGACGCACCCUCGUAUGCUUCAGACAGCACGGACACCAUCGACCUUCCGUCGUUCCUCACCAAAGAUCGUCAGAACGUCUUCGCGCUGCGCGUCAAGGGUACAUCCAUGAUAGACGCGCUCGUCGCGGAUGGAGACCUCGUGCUGGUCGAGCCAGCCACUGAGGCCGCCAACGGCGAAAUGGUCGCAGCGUGGCUGAACUCCACCGAAGAGACCACGCUCAAGCGGUUUUUUAUCGAGGGCGACAUGGUCCGGCUCCAGCCGGAGAACGCCACCAUGGAGCCGAUCAUGGUGCCUGCCAAGGACGUGUCCGUCCGAGGCAAGAUCGUCGGGGUCGUGCGCACCAUGUAG